AUCUCCAUAGCAACCAUAGUGAGGUACCUGACCAAACGCUUUAUUUGGGAGUACGAUCCAACAUUAGAAUUUAUAUACCGCCACCAAACGGCCGUUGAUGAUGAGCUGGUUUCCAUGGAGAUAUUAGACACAGCGGGGCAGGAGAUAGAUAGCAUACAGAGAGAGGGUCACGUGAGAUGGGGCGACGGGUUUCUUGUAAUCUAUAGCAUAACGGACCGGAAGAGCUUUGAAGACGUCGUCCAGAUCAAAAACUUUCUCGACGAGAUCAAAAAGGCGCGGAACGUUUCCGUCGUCAUCGUCGCCAACAAGUGCGACCUCGAUCACAUGCGGGAGGUCAGCACGGAGGAAGGAGAGAAGAUGGCACAGGACCUUGCGUGCGCGUUCUACGAGUCGUCCGCGUGCCGCGGAGACGAGAGCAUACCCGAAGCCUUUCAUGAACUGUACCGGGAAGUCAGGCGACGGCGAGCGAUGGAAGGGAGCAAGUCACGAAGACGGAGCUCCAUUCAACAAAUGAAACAAGUUCUUAAUAAAACAUUAACAAAGAUUAACAAUAGACAAUGAUCAUCGCGAUACAUCGAGAUAUUUCAUAAAAGGAUAAUGUACUAUUUUUGUCAUCAUUGUUAUACGUUUCAGAGAACUUCACAUCUUUCAGAAGUGGACAAAGUUCUUCGUGAUCUCUGCUGUAAGUCCUGACUUAAUGCUCAGUAGUCGUCAUGGACACAAAUAUAACUAUGAAUCAUGUGAGACAAUGAAUUGGUUAUAUAAUCAUCUUUUCAAGCAUUGGUAAAUGGCAAGGUCAAUGAAGCGCAAAAUGCCAAUCGGAUCAGAGACUUCAAACCACAUACAUCGCUUACAACCUAGGAAGCUUCUUCUUCCAUGAUUUAAGAUGUACAUUGACAUGAGAAUGAACAGAAAACAUAUCAUUACUAAAGGAAUGGGAGCUUUAGCAGCAAUUCAACAGCAACAUUUCACGGUUAUUGCAGUUUCUUUCAUGAAAUAUUUCAUAUGAGUUUAAUUGCAGCAAAGCAAUUAUUAUUAUUGAUUUUUUUGUAAACAUAUAUUCAUGACUUGGAUAGUAGAACUUAGUUAUUUCUACAUCAUGGGCAGUAACAAAAAAGUUUAAGUGACAAAAACACAAUUGCCAGUGAACAUGCAUGUUGGUCAUUAUCUUGAAUUAUCAUCAAUGAACAUCCAGUAUCAACCAAGUACAACAUUAUUUGUAAUUAAUGAUUUGGGGGGGGGGGGACAUGGGUCCCUAGACAAACAAUUAUUUUCAAGGCUCUGACAGUGCUACAUGUAUUUCAUCCAGAGAUAGAAUCCCCUUUAUUGGCUAAAGUAGAAACAAAAAGUGACCUUUUCUAAGAAGUAAAUAAGUAGAAGAGGCUUUCCCAUAAUCAGGAUAAUAACAUGUUUCAUUCUUGCCCUCACUAUUGAUUAGAAUUUGCAAGACUGGCAGAUUUGUUUGAUUUGAUUCAUGAACAAGGCCUUCUCCCUUGGGGCCUGGUUCAUAAAUAAUUACAACUAUAGUAACUUUGCAACUAUUGUAACUUCCAUGGAAACCUUGAUUCUGAUUGGCUGUUGGGCCUGUUACCAUGGUAGUUACUAUAAAAGCAAAAUUACCAUUGUUACAACUCUUUAUGAAACGGGCCUGAGAAAAAGACAAGAAUCUAAUGAAGGAUUAAGCGUGGAAAUAAUCAAUAGAAAUUAUUAAUGAAGACAAGAUUUCAAAUGAAAAUUGCUGUAAAGGUACUAUUAUCAGGCUAUUAUGAUUUAGACUGCAGAAGAACGAUGUCCAAUGGAGGAUUAAGUGUGGAAAUAAUAAAAAAUAAUACUAAAUGAUUAAUAAAAAGACAAGAUUUCACAUGAACGGAAGUAGAAUAUAUUAUUCCAAUUAUUAUUAUUACGAUCAGUGAUGUUCUACAAGUUCAGUAAAACAGGUUUUUCGCAGUAGUCAAUUCUGUCUUCCGUGCACGAUUUUGCCCACCAACUUCCACCCUAAUUUCAUUCACAUUUGUUGCAUCCAAAUAAUUUCUGCGAUUAUGAAAUUAAUUACUGAAGUAACUAUUUAAGGCAAAGCUCUGAAAGUAGAUACAAAGGGGUUGAUAUUAACAAUGUGUGCUGAUAUCAACUCCUAAAAAAUAAAUAAAGAGCAGACAACUAAACAAUUCUAUACCUAGUUAUGCUCAUUGGACAGUAAAAUGAAAAAAAGAAGAAUGACUGAUACUAGUAUCGGCACACCUUUCCACAAUUCACCUAAACUCAUCCCUCCCCCCUCAAAUCCCUCUCUCUCUCUCUCCAUCUAUCUGUCUCUCUCUGCCUCUAACUCCCCUUCUCUCCCCCGCCCUCAUGCUGGAAAGCAAAAUUCACAGAAAAUAUCAAAAGAACAAAAUGUUCAUUAUCUCUUCAGAAUUAUUUCAGCAUGCAAAGAGUAUAAAGUAUGUCAAUGUACUUGAUUUGAUGUUCAAUGACAUAAUUCCUCUUACAGCUUCAAAAUACGUUACUACAUUAAAGGUCAAGUCCACCCCAGAAAAUAUUUGAUUUGAAUCGAUAGAGAAAAAUCACAGGAACAUAACGCUGCAAAUUUUAUCGAAAUCGGAUAUAAAAUAAGAAAGUUAUGACAUUUUUAAGUUUCGCUUAUUAAAUGCACAACUCAGCGAUAUGCAAAUGAGAAAGUCAAUGAUGUCCAUCACUCACUAUUUCUUUUGUUUUUUAUUGUUUGAAUAAUACAAUAUUUCAAUUUGUACAAAUUUGACAAUAAGGACAAACUUAAUUUAACCAUAAACUGUUAAAAUAAUGGUAAUUCCACAUGUUUAGGAAGAAAUAAAACUUUGUUUCACUUGACAAGGAGGAGAAAUUAGAAUAUUUCAUAUUUCAUAUAAUAAAAUACAAAAGAAAUAGUGAGUGGGUGACGUCAUCAGUCUGCCAAUUUGCAUACCGACCAGGAUGUGCAUAUAACUGUUUUGUGAAAUUAAGCGAAACUUUGAAAUGUCAUAACUUUCUUAUUUUACAUCCGAUUUUGAUGAAAUUUUCAGUGUUAUGCUUGUUGAAUUUUUCUCUUUUCAUUCAAAUCAAGUUUUUGUUGGGGUGGACUUGUCCUUUAACUAAGCAUUCUACAUUAACUAAGCAAUCUGUUGUAUAGUGGUGGUGUGUCUAUCAAUUUUGUUCUACGUGUUUGAAUAAACAAGUCCAAAUAAAUAUAAACUGAAAGUCAUUUUACUGUGAAAUAUUCUCUCAUGAAAUCAAAUUGUAAAUAAUUAUUUGUGUAUUGAUAAAGAGCUAUGUUUUGAAUGUGAUAAUUUUUUUUUUAUAAAAUGGGUACAAAUGUUUAAUAAAUGAUUUGUCUAUAAAACCA